AUGAUUGUUAAUGAUCUUGAUGAUGACGUUCUAAGGGAUGAAAGGACCGAUGACAUUGAUGAUGAUGAUGAAGAAGGAGAAAGUGGUGGUAACACAGGUUUGGGUAUCUUGACUACGGAUGUAAUGGUGCUGGUACUUGUGCUAUUGCUGAUGUUAAAGGCUGCCUUAAUGAAGUUGAUGAUGAUGAUGAUGAUGAUGAUGAUGCUUGUGACCGAAGAUUCAGCAGAGCAUCAUGAUAAAGAAGAGUCGAAUCCAACGUGUAUUGAUGCAGAGUUAAAGGAAUUUUAUUCCAAAUUUGAGAGGUGGCUAGAUGGAAACAGAAUGCUUCAAGAUGCAUGCAGAGUUGUUCACAUUGACCAUUGGUUAACGUCAGAUCCAAAUGAAGAACAGAAUGAGCACAAAGAUCCAAUAUAG